UGGAGGCGGAGAUUUGUUCUACAAAGCAUCCUGUCAUGCCAGCGGCCAGCAAGACAAGCUGGAGUUUUUGUUGCAGCGGAAAGGAAAUGUGUCAUCUGUGGUUUGGUUUUAAAAGUGGAAGCUAGCUGUAUGUACCCUUUUUUUGUUGCAGAUUUAAAUUUUGUGUUCUCCAAGUCUAUUCUACUUUAAAUAAGAAGGUAAAAGAAGAAGUGGCUUAUUAAAAUCAUAUCAAAUUCUGACCAACCAUUUUGUAAGAUUACCAUUAUGCUCAUGGACAAGGGACACACAGGACAUUACCUGCAUCUUGCCUUUCUGAUGACAACAGUUUUUUCUUUGUCUUCUGGAACAAAAGCAAACUAUACACAUCUGUGGGCUAACAAUACUACUGCCUGGGAUUCAGUUAUUAAAAACAACACAGGCAGACACCAAACCGAAAACAUUAACACAAGCCCUGUAACUCCUGAAGUGGAUUAUAAAGUUAAUUCUACAAACAUUCCUGAAAUAUCAAUACCAUCUCAGAUCGUAUCUUUAACUCCUAAAUCUGAACAGGAGCUCUAUACACCUUCUGUUGUCAGGAACAGUUCUCCAACAGCAGAAAGCAUUGAACACACGAGCAAAAGUCACGGUGAAAUUUUUAAGAAGGAUGCCUGUGAGGAAAACAGCAACAACAUGGCUAUAUUAAUUUGCUUAAUUAUAAUUGCAGUGCUCUUUCUUAUCUGCAUUCUUCUAUUUCUAUCAACUGUGGUUCUGGCAAACAAAGUCUCAUCUCUCAGACGAUCAAAACAAGCAGGCAAACGUCAGCCUAGAAGCAAUGGUGACUUUCUGGCAAGCAGUGGGCUAUGGCCUGCUGAAUCAGACACUUGGAAAAGAGCAAAACAGCUCACAGGGCCCAAUCUCAUGAUGCAAUCUACUGGAGUGCUCACAGCUACAAGGGAAAGAAAAGAUGAAGAAGGAACUGAAAAACGUACCAAUUAACAGAUAUUUCAGAGAAGAAAAAAUGCAAAGUAGUGAUGAGAAAGGUUAUGAGUAUAAAAGGAAGUCGGUUUGGUAUUUAAUGCCAGAGUGCUGGUCAGAUGAUUUAGCAUCAAAAGGGAGAUAUAUGUCUGCUUAAUUACUUAAUUGUGUAUUUCUGCUUGACACUGAAUACUUUAAAAAUACAACCAAGCAUUUGGGGAAAUUCUUAAAACUAAGUUGAGGAAACUAAGUAAAAGCAAUAGCAAGGGUUAAACCUUCCCUAUUCAACAACAAUAGUUAGACGAUCUUUGCCUGAAAGUAAAUGAACUUUGAAGAGUCUUAGUAUAUGUCCUUAGAGACAAGUACAUGCUUCAAUAUCAAACAGAAGUCAAAUUCCUAAUGUGUUAAGUCAAGCUGCAUAAUUUAACAGUACCUUCUUUGUUGGAUACGGCAGAAUCCAUACCAGCUCAUGUAUCAAUGCAGCUAAUUUUAGGCUACAUGUGUUCAAUUUACAUAUGGCACACAUGAGAAAGUGCUUUUCUACUAUAAAUAUUAAAACUUAACUUUGUAUAAUAAAUCAAAACUCAUUAGAUAAA